CAGCCACACUGGUGCUGGGCAGGGCCUGGAAACCAAGUCACAGGAAGCAACACCUUCGCAAAAAGUCCUCCCGCCUGGACUCCUCGCUCGCCAGUCGCAGGGAGCCCUCGGAGCCGCCACCAUGGGAACGUCCGCAUCGCAGAGUUGCUUUGGUUACCCCGUGAGCAUCUUCUUCAUCGUGGUCAAUGAGUUCUGCGAAAGAUUUUCCUACUAUGGGAUGAGAGCGCUCCUGAUUCUGUACUUUCAAAACUUCCUCCACUGGAACGACAACCUGGGCACCGCCAUCUACCACACGUUCGUUGCUCUGUGCUACCUGACGCCCAUUCUCGGAGCUCUCAUCGCUGACUCCUGGCUGGGGAAGUUCAAGACAAUUGUGUCGCUGUCCAUUGUCUACACCAUUGGACAAGUAAUCAUUGCAGUGAGCUCAAUUAAUGACCUCACGGACUUCGACCACAAUGGAACCCCUGACAGUAUUUCCGUGCACGUGGCGCUGUCCAUGGUUGGCCUGGCCCUGAUAGCUCUGGGUACCGGAGGGAUAAAGCCUUGUGUGUCUGCAUUUGGUGGAGAUCAGUUCGAAAAGGGCCAGGAAAAGCAAAGAAACAGAUUUUUUUCCAUCUUUUAUUUGGCCAUUAAUGCUGGAAGCUUGCUUUCUACUAUCAUCACUCCCAUACUCAGAGUUCAAGAAUGUGGAAUUCACAGUAAACAAGCUUGUUACCCACUGGCGUUUGGGGUUCCUGCUGCCCUCAUGGCCGUAUCUCUGAUUGUAUUUGUCAUUGGCAGUGGAAUGUACAAGAAGUUCCAGCCCCAGGGUAAUGUCAUGGCUAAAGUUGCCAGAUGCAUCGGGUUUGCCAUCAAAAAUAGGUUUCGGCAUCGGUCUAAGAGAUUUCCCAAGAGGGAGCACUGGCUGGACUGGGCCAACGAGAAAUACGACGAGCGGCUCAUCGCUCAGAUUAAGAUGGUUAUGAGAGUGAUGUUCCUGUAUAUUCCUCUCCCCAUGUUCUGGGCCUUAUUCGAUCAGCAGGGCUCCAGGUGGACACUGCAAGCAACAACCAUGAGUGGGAAAAUUGGAAUUAUUGAAAUUCAGCCGGAUCAGAUGCAGACCGUGAACGCCAUCCUGAUCGUCAUCAUGGUCCCCAUCGUGGACGCCGUGGUGUAUCCUCUCAUCGCAAAAUGUGGUUUCAAUUUCACCCCCUUGAAGAAGAUGACCGUUGGGAUGUUCCUGGCUUCCAUGGCUUUCGUGGCGGCUGCGAUUGUGCAGGUGGACAUCGAUAAAACUCUUCCCGUCUUCCCCAAAGGAAACGAAGUCCAAAUUAAAGUAUUGAAUAUAGGAAACGAUAACAUGACUGUAUCUUUUCCUGGAACGACAGUGACGCUUAAGCAGAUGUCUCAAACAGAUGCAUUUAUGACUUUCAGUGUGGACAAACUGACAAGUAUAAACAUUUCUUCUGUUGGACCAGCAGUUAUUCCAGUAACUCAUAACUUUGAGCAGGGCCAUCGCCAUACCCUUCUCGUCUGGGCCCCAGGUGACUACCGAGUGGUAAAGGAUGACCUUAACCAGAAGCCAGAUAAAGGAAAAAAUGGAGUCAGAUUUGUAAAUACUUUUGAUGUGCACUUCGACAUCACGAUGGAUGGGGUAGUAUAUGAAAAUGUCACCAGUCACAAUGCCAGCAAAUAUCACUUUUUCUCUUCUGGCAAAAAGAGCUUCACAAUAAACUCAACAGAGAUUUCACAACACUGUGAAAAUACGUUCAAAACAUCCUACCUUGAAUUUGGUAGCGCGAUUACUUAUGUAAUCAAAAGGAAGGCUGAUGGCUGCCCUGAACCGAUGCUAUUUGAAGAUAUUUCCCCCAACACAGUCAGCAUGGCUCUGCAGAUCCCCCAGUACUUCCUCCUCACCUGCGGCGAGGUGGUUUUCUCCGUCACGGGAUUGGAGUUCUCGUAUUCUCAGGCUCCUUCCAGCAUGAAGUCGGUGCUUCAAGCAGGGUGGCUGCUGACCGUGGCUGUUGGCAACAUCAUCGUGCUUAUCGUGGCAGGAGCAGGCCAGUUCAGUGAACAGUGGGCCGAGUAUGUCCUGUUUGCGGCGUUGCUUCUGGUUGUCUGCGUAAUAUUUGCCAUCAUGGCUCGAUUCUACACAUACAUCAACCCAGCAGAGAUCGAAGCUCAGUUUGACACGGAUGAAAAGGAAAAGUAUCCGGAAAAGAGUAACCCGUAUCCCAAGUUGGACUCACAGACACAGAUGUGAGUGUCAAGGGGCAAGUGGAGGAUGGAUCGGGCCCCGGACGUGCCCAGGCGUCUGUCCCCUGGGGGCGGGACACUCUGUUGUAUGGCCGCUGAUGGAGGAGGCUUCACAGCUGUGACCCAGACCAAGAAAGCUGUUUUCUAAGCAGCCAGCAAUGAACCCGAAACUCUAAGAAGUCUUACCUAAAGCAUACACACACACACACACACACACACUUUUACAACACUGAGUUCAUACCCUGCAUUUAACUCCUUUCCUAACACACAAAUAAAGUAAUUUUGGACUAACUUAAAUUUUUGAAAUGGUGCCAAAGUUCCAUAUUGUUUGCAUUUGAACACUCUAUGGAAAACAACGUGAAAUGAGGCAAAAAGUGAAUGUUUAGGCUUUAGAAUGGUGCGUAAUAAGGACCAGCUGGCAGUAACUGAUAACCCGUUUUUAGUUUUGUUUUUCCAGUCCCUACCUCUUUUUAAAUUAUGUAUAACUCAGAGAACUACUCAGGUAAAAGCAAGUCAUGAUUUUUGGAGUUUCAAUAUAUGAAAUAAAUUCUCAUU